UUUCAACCGACGACGGAAUCCGUUGCGCCGCACGCGGAACGAAACGCGGCCGUCGGACGGCCGGUAAUCCGGGGGACGCGCUGUCGCGACGACGGCGGUUCCGCCGACGUUCCGUCGGGCGCGACGCGACGCGACGCGGUUUCCGGGGCUACGUUCCCGCGCGAGCGGCGUGCGCGGGACCGUCGGCGGAAUUCGCGGCGGGUUUGUUUGUUUUUUGUUUACGGUUUUGUUUGUGUUUUUUGUUUGUUUUGUUUUCGUUUUUUUUUUUAUCCGGGCCGCACCGGUUCGCGGAAGUCCUUUUUUCACCGUUACAUUAGCGCGCCGUUUUCGACGAAUCUCGAUCCGCGUCGCUCGCCGCGGCGGCGGCGGCGGCGGCACGGGGAUAAAAAUAACUUCGAUGUGUAUAUACGUAUGUAUAAAGGACACCGCUCGCCGGAAGCUUUAAUGCCGUAAUAGACAUCUUUAAUUUUAUUCGUCACUGCAGCGACGCGCGACCUAUACGUCGGUUACACUGCGUCGUAACGUCGCGGCGAUAACGGGACGUAUACUGUCGGUUUUUCCGUACCUUUUCCGAUUGUGUUUUUUUUUUUUUUUUUCUCUUUGAAAUCCGGAGAAUCCGAGGAUCCCAUCCACUUACGUAUGGAUAGACGUCUUUCGAAGGACGUCGAUCGAACCGAAUCCGAAAAAGAAAUCCGGAUUGAUUUUCGUCGCGGUUUUUUGUUGUUGUUUUAGUUUUCUGUUUGUUUUUUUUUUUCUUCUUUUCUUUGGAAACGGAAAGAAAAAAUACACAGGCGACGAAAUAGAGCGUUGCCGGAUCUCGUUGUCGUACCGUCCGUAUAAUACUGCGUGCUUUUACGCGUCGUGUAGCGACCGGAGCGGGAUAAUAAUUGUGCAUAUAACGCAACUACUACGACGACGACGUGGACGAGGAGGAGGCGACGGAACGAUACGGCGUCGCGGAUGUGCAGCCGACGGGUUCGAUUCGCGGCGAUUCCGAACGGACGAUUCGACGUGUGUUUUCUUCUUUUUUUUUUUUUCGAAACGGGGUGGCGAUUAAGGUGUUGCGACGGUUUCGUCGUCGUGGACGACAAGUGACGAGGAUAACGACGAUCGACGUUGAGGAUAACGCUGAAUAUCGUCGGGGGAAAGUGACCGGCGCGUUAGAAAUGACGUUUUUCAAGGGUGCCGUGGUGAUGUACGACAGCACAAGCUGUUCGUACGCUGGGGCGCUAGACUUGAAGGGAGCCGGAUCCGGAGCGGCUAUCGGCACCGCGGGGUCGGGGGUCAAGCAGGAGAACUGGCCGUACCGCGGCCUCGCGUGCGGAAGCACCUUUCAGCAGCUGAAGCAGAGCGUGGAGAAGGCGAAACAGGCGCUCGCCGACCGCGGUGGUUACCUGGCCGGCGCUUUCUCACCACCUCCAAGGGCCAAUCCAUCCGCUGUAUCGCCGAACGCGUCCAUAGCCGAUGCCAGCAGUUCGUACAAAGGUGGCUGGAGCCACGCAGCCUCGCCAGCGCCCGGCCAGGGAUAUGGCAGUAGUCUUUCGAAAUCCGCGCUUGACACGCAUUCGCACCUCAGGCAACCCGAUCCUUACCAAAUGUUCGGAGCGACCAGCAGCCGACUGGCGAGUUCCGGUUCCGGUCAGAUUCAGCUUUGGCAAUUCCUGCUGGAGUUGUUGUCGGACUCGGGUAACGCCGCCUGCAUCACGUGGGAGGGUACGAACGGCGAAUUCAAACUGACCGACCCGGACGAGGUGGCCAGACGAUGGGGCGAGAGGAAGUCCAAGCCGAACAUGAACUACGACAAACUGUCGAGGGCCUUGAGGUACUACUACGACAAGAACAUAAUGACGAAGGUGCACGGGAAGAGGUACGCGUACAAAUUCGACUUCCAGGGAUUGGCAGCGGCUACCCAACCGGCGGCCGCCGAUCCGGCGGCCUACAAAUACCAGAGCGAACUCUUCAUGUCCGGAUACGGUCACGCCAAGCUCAACCUGAUGCCGCCGCCGGCCGCCUCCGUUUCCGUCUCCGUACCCGGCGGCCUCUUCCAGUCCGCCUCGACCUACUGGUCGAGUCCCGGGGCUAAUCUCUACGCCGGUCACCACACGGCAACGGGACACGUACCCCCCCACCUCGGGACUUACCCCCACUACACAUGACCCACCGCCGAGCACUGGGGCGCCCUGGGGGCCCCACGUUGAAAUUUCGUCAACCUGCAGGAAUACGUUCGCGAGUUUCGCACGACCCGCAGUGCUGUGCCCAGUUUUCGCCGGGACGCCGAGGUGCCCCCCAACCCCCCCCCAACCCCCACCACCACCGCCCCCCACCCCCCCGAUUUUUUCGAUCGGACCCCGAAUUCCCGUGCGACAAAUGUCCGACGCGACUCGAACCUUGACGAACGGUUGGAAACACAGAGUUUCGAGCCGAGCCUGACCAAUGCGAAAAACGGAAGGAAGGAAGGAAGGAGGGAACGUAAAAAAAAUAAAUAAAAUAAACGAAACACCGACUAAAGUAUAUUAAUCGUGUUUACAACAAAAAAAAAACAAAACAAAAAAACAAAAAACAGUAUCCGUAGACAUUUUUUUCAAUUUUCGAGUGAACUUUACGUACGGCACCGACCGAACGGGACUAUAUAGAGGAGACGUUGGUGCGCAGUGGUGAAAAUGAACGGGAUUGUAAUUGUAAAUAAACGGAGGAGAAAAAGGAAGCGGGUAAAAAUUGAGGAGGACCGCGCUCCGACGGCGGACGUUGGACGGAUGGACGGACGCCCGUCGGAUCGUGUGUACGUACGUACGACGUACGUCGCGAAAAAACAUAAUAAUAAUAAUAAAAAAGAAGAAGAAGAAGAAAAAUAAAAAAAAAAAAGGUAUAAAGAAACGACUCGUCGAAAUGUAACGCGAGGGACGUUGUGCCGUGGUCGUAAGAGUUAUAAAUAUUGCGUGUAUCAUAAAUUCUUUUAAUUUAUUCGUUGAAAUGAGAAAAGAGAACGAAAAAAAGAAGAGAGAAAGGGAUUUUUUUUUUAAAAGCAAGCGGCAAAACCUGCGGUGUGCGGGGUCCCCCCCCCCCCCCCCCUCGCCCUUUUCGUCGAAAGGGUGAAUAUUAUAAAAAUGGCAGCUGCGUAAAAGUUUUUUUUUUUUUACAAUAUCCGAUAAUAUAAUUCUAAAAGAAUAUAUAUACCUGUUAUAUAUAACCGUGGAUAAUUGAAGGCAACGCAUAUCAUCGAUUUUCAAAUUUUGAUUAACGUAUAUAAUUCGGGAGAAAAAAAAACAGUCCGAUAAAUUCUACACAUACAUAUACUAUACAGGGACGAAAUAAAAAAUCACUUCCGGUACACAGCAAAGAUUUCUCCACGCGCAGCUUCCAUUUUUUUUUUUUUUGUUUUUGUUAUUUCUUAGUUUUUCGCUCAUUUUUUCACCCCAAGUUUUGCCGCGUCUUCGAUUGAGAAAUUGAUGACAUGUGUGCGGAAAGAACAAGAACAAGAAGAAAAAGUAAAAACAGUGAAAGAGUAAUAAAAAAAAAAAUAAUAAUAAAAACUAGUAGAUAAGAAUCGAGAAGAGAAGAGAAGAAAAGGAUGAAGAAUCAAAGGACUGUGUAAUGAAUCGAUUAAAAUUGUACCUUUGUCGAGAGAAACCGUGGUAGCUCAUUAAGUCGUACAUUGUACCAUAAUACUCUGAUGUAAAAUGUAAGCAUAAUUCACGUAGCCAUAAUUAUCCUAUACAUAUAAUAAUAAUAAUAAUAACAACAACAACAACAAUACGAUACGGUGGUAUAUAUAUAUAAAUAGAAAUAUUUUAACGCGUACGGUGAAUUUUCACCCCCCGCGCGCCCGACUGUAAAUAAUACGUGUACACAUUAUACAUAUAUCUCAAUUUUAGAACCGUUGGACACAGGGACGCGAGUGUAUGCGUGUAUAUGUACAUACGAACCGGUGUUGUUCGAUCAUUAUAUACAUCGCACAUACGUACGUACAUAUAUUUGCAUAUAUUUAUCGCCUUGUUACGCAAUCGGGCCGCGGGGGAUUCCCCGUGCGACGUCGACGACGACGACGACGACGACGAUGUAGAUAGGGUGUUUUCAUGUGUAGCGAUAUAUAAGAAAAAAAAAAAAAAAAAGAAAAAAGGAAGAAAAAAUGUGGAGAGGAAACUGAAAAAAAAAAACAAACAAACAAACAAACAAACAAACAAACAAAUACCAAAAAACCGAAAAACCAAAAAACAAAUACCAAAAAAUAAUACCGAAUAGGCGCAUAGCGAUCCUAUAUACUAUAUAACUAUAUACUUAUAUAGUCGAAUGAAUGCGUGACGUAUAUAUAUAUAUAGGUAUGUAUGUGCGAAUUUUUUUUUUUUUGUGAAUGUGUUCGUGAUGAUGAAUGUAUGUGCCCGCAGCGCGCUGUGUGUGCGUUUUUAAUUUAUUGCCAACCCCUUGUUUCCGUAAAAUCUGCUGCGCGAUCUCCGCGGAUCUACGAAUCGACAAAAUUAUCCCUAAAUAUAUACAUAUAAAUGUACAACAUUCCAACAUCGUGUGGCCAAAAGAAAGGAAAUCAGACAAAAAAAAGGAAAAAAAAAAACCAACCAGGUGACGACACAAAAAGGCAAUAUAUAUACACACACAUGUGUAUAAUGUAUAGUUUUAGUGCACUAUUGUAAACAUCGUUAUUAUUAUUAUUAUUAUCGUCAUUAUUAUCAUUAUAGUCAUCGUCGCCAUUUUGUUUGCGUUUUUUUUUUUUUCGUUUUUUCGUUUUAUAUCAUCGAAACUCAGGAGCUGCUCAUCAUACGUUAUACCACAUGUACUACUGCGUACGAUAUAAAUAUGUAUAGUAGGUAUAUACAUACAUACGUGUGAAAUUCAAUCUUGGUCGCAAUUAUUAUUAUUAUUAUUAUUAUCAUUAUUAUUAUUAUUACUAUUAUUAUUGUCAUUAUUAUCGCUGUUAUCAUUAUUGAAGUAUUAUUAUUACCGUAUCGUCCUCGUCACAAUUAUUGUUAUUGAUUUUCGUUUGUUUUCGUUUACACGUGCGCCGGAUGUGUGAGUUUUAAAAAGCGUAUAGGAAUACGAUACGUUAGGUAUAUAGAUACGCUGCGAGCCCCGUGACCCCGAAGCUGAAUGUCCGAAGGGAUGAGAAUUUCGACGUCCGUUAUAUCGAAAGUGAAGAAGAAGAAUAAGAAGAAGAAUAAGAAUAAGACAGAGAAAAGUGGAUCGAGUCGCGCUUUUUUUGAGGAUGAAAAAAUUGAUGCAGUAUAAUCAGGAUUUCGGCGCUCGGGUUCCGCGGGGCUAGCCCCGUUGUUGUUCUUGUUGUCGUGCGCUUGUAUUAAAGUCGCCAUGUUCUAAUUAAACGAGCCGAUGGGGUUGUAUCAGUCAUCGGCGAAAUCAA